AUGACCAUGCUCAAGGAUAACCAUGUCUGGGCUUGUGCGAAUAACGCGGCGGCGAGUGAUGGUGGUGCGGGUGACACCGAGUCCGUGGCUGCGGCGAUCCCUCGUGCCGUGAAGGCGGCGAAGGCGGCGGGUGGGUUCGCGACAAAGGUCGAGGUUGAGUGUCGGAGUUUGGAGGAGGCGGAUGCGGCGAUCGGGGCGGGGGCGGAUGUGAUUAUGCUGGAUAAUUUCACGCCGGAGGGUGUGCGUGACGCUGCGAGGCAGCUGAAGCAGCAGAAUGCGGCGAACGGCGGCAAGCAUUCGUUCCUGAUUGAAGUCAGUGGUGGAUUGAAUGAGAGCAAUGCUGCUUCGUACGCUUGUCCGGACGUGGAUAUCAUCUCGACGAGUUCCAUCCACCAGGGGACCGGGAUCGUGGACUUCUCGCUUAAGGUUUCGCUGCGGUGA